AUGAAACUACCAAAUCCCGCUAGAAGAUCAAUAAGCCCCUUCGGACAAAGGGGUUUGAAAAGUUUUGCCAGCAUUCCUGGGCCUACAUCUCUGCCUAUUGUCGGAACUUUACACAAAUACAUGCCAAUUAUAGGAGAAUACAAAUUUGACAGGCUUCACCACAACGGUUUAAAGAAAUACAAAAAAUAUGGACCAGUUAUCAGAGAAGAAAUAGUUCCUGGAGUAAACCUAGUUUGGUUAUUUGAUCCAAACGAUAUUGAAGUAAUGUUUCGUUGUGAGGGAAAAUAUCCACAAAGGAGAAGUCAUCUGGCUUUGGAAAAAUUCAGAUUAGACAGACCCAAUGUUUAUAACACUGGAGGAUUAUUACCUACCAAUGGUCCAGAAUGGUUCAAAAUUCGUAAAAUAUUCCAAAAGGGUCUGAGUGGUCCUCUUGCCGUCAAACGGUUUUUAAAAGGAACUGACGAAAUAAUCCUGGAAUGGCUAGAACGGGUGGAAAUUAUUAGAGGCAAACAAAAUCUAGAUUAUUUACCUGAAUUGUCUAGGCUCUUCUUAGAACUGACUGGGCAUGCAACAUUAGACCUACUUCUGAAAAGUUUUUCCAGAGAUGAACUGAAUAGACAUUCAACAUCUUCCAAAUUAAUCAAAUCAGCUUUAGAUACAAAUUCUUGCAUUUUAAAACUGGAUAAUGGACCCCAACUGUGGAAGAAAUUCGAUACCCCGUUGUACAGAAAACUCAAGAAAUCGCAGAAGUAUAUGGAAAAUGUCGCCAUAGAUUUGUUAUCAUUAAAAAUGUCUUUAUUCUCGGAGAGAUCGAAUAAUACUCAGACGUUGCUUGAACAGUAUUUGUCCUGUCCUGAUUUGGACUUUAAAGACAUUAUUGGUAUGGUGUGUGAUUUUUUACUGGCUGGAAUUGAUACGGCAACCUACACAACCGGCUUUUUAAUCUACCAUUUGGGCAAGUCACCCUCAAUACAAAUGUCACUAUAUGAAGAAGCUAAACGAUUGCUACCAAACAAAGAUAGUCCUGUAACUGAAGAAGUACUCAGUGAGGCCUUUUACUCCAAAGCAGUACUAAAGGAACUAUUCAGAUUGAGACCUAUUUCUGUUGGGAUCGGUAGAGUACUAAACGAAGACGCUGUGUUUUCCGAUUAUGAAGUACCCAAAGAUACAGUAGUCGUAAGCCAAAAUCAAGUUUCCUGCAGGCUAGAUAAGUAUGUUCCUUGUCCAAAUGAAUUCAAACCGGAAAGAUGGUUAAAAAGUCAUCCGUUGUAUCAGAAGAACCAUCCGUACUUGUUACUGCCAUUUGGACAUGGGCCUAGGUCUUGUAUUGCCAAACAUUUGGCAGAGCAAAAUAUAUUGGUGUUGCUAUUAAAGCUCAUCCGGAAUUAUAAAAUUGAAUGGAAUGGCCCUGUUCUUGAUUCUAAGUCCCUCCUCAUAAAUAUGCCGGAUGGACCUAUCCUGGCAACAUUCCAUGCUAGGUAA